CUUGUAUAAAACUGUGUUGUAAAGGGUGAUUUUUUUUAAGUGUGUGAGAAAAGUGAAAUUUAACCGUAGAAGACAGUAAAAUCCAUCCAUAUCUGCUUAAGAGAGGCAUAUGAGACAGUUAGUAAGGUAUCCAGGGUAUAUUCCUUCAUGCUAUAGUGCUAAGUCGUUAAUUGCUCCUAGAUUUGUACGAUUUUCUCGAUGUUGGAAUAGUUCUAAACCUGAUGAAGAUAGUAUAGAUUUAGAACUAAACCCUAAUCCAUUUCUGACACCUAGAAGUGAAGAAAGUGAAUUCAAGAAAAAUUUAAUUUCUAGUUUGGUUAAUAAAUUGGUUGAAAUAGAAAUCCCACCUUUAGCUGAACAUGAACAAGUCGAAAUUCCUAAAGUAGAAGCAAUAGAAGAUGUCUCUCCUAUUGACAUAAUUCAAAAAUUAAGUCCUUAUAUUAAUAAAGAUAUACCAGUUGAUAAAUUAGGUUAUGCAUUUAUUACCUAUUGGCUGGCUUUCUUUAAAAUCAAAAUUUUCCCCAUUGAAAAAUAUACUCCUGAUAUUUUAUCUCAUGAAUUAUUGGUAAAAUUAAGUAAAGAUUUAUUUAUGGAACCACAACUUGCAAUAAAGCAUGUAGGACUCUUAAUAAAGAAUAAUUCAGUUGAUAAAAUUCAUAAAUUAGUUAAUAAAUAUCUUCUAUAUUAUCCUGAUGUUCAAACAAAUCUUGAAGAACUUUCCGAUUCAUUUCCUGAAGUUGAUUUAAAAGAAUUUGAUUUAACUUUUUUAUAUUAUAUGGAUAAGUCUAUUGAAAAAAGAAAGACAAUUCCUUAUGAACUUCCAAAAUUUCCUAAGGAUACAUAUUUUCAUCCAUUAUUAAUAUUUGGUGAUGAUAUUACUUCUCCUAUAACAAAAAAAUCUGCUUCUAAAAGGGUAAAGAAUUUAAGUGAUAUGUUAUAUAGAUUAGGAAUUGCAUCAGUUGAUCUUUAUAGUACAUUAUUUGAAGAAGGUGUCAAAUUUACAGGAUUGGAUGAUAAUCUUAUUAAUUCCAUAGUUCUAAGAUCAAACCUUCAUAGAAUCUUUAAAAGUGAAAUGGAGACUGCUUUGAAAAAUUUAAAGAAUAAUGAUGAACUUGUUCGUCGUACAUUUUUCCUUUAUAUAGGAUUAUUAACUUUAAUUAAUCGUUGUCCACCUAUUGAAUGGUUGUCAUCUAUAAAAGUUUCUACUAGUGUAUCAACAAUUCCAAAAUAUACUGAAGUAAAUAAAAUACCCUCUAUGAGCUUUUCAAAAAAUCGGGAAAGAAAUAUGAUAAUUUUAGGAUCAAUGGCAUUUAAUCAUUCAAGAGCAGUUAGAAAUAUAUUUAAAGGUAAAUCUGUUGAUAGAUCUGCAUAUCAAGAACCAGUUUUAUAUGAAUUACUGAAUUCAAAGGCAAUAAAACUUGGUGGUGAACUUUUACAAGAUUUCCAUGGAACAUUGCAAAAGUUAAUAGAUAAAGAUAGUGAAGCUGCUAAGGAUUCUAUGUUAUUUUUGGGUUAUAAAAUAUUGGAACUGCAAAAACCCAUUAGACUUCCAGUUAUAAAGGAUUCUCGAACUAAAUCAUUAUUUUUAUCACCUCCAUUAGAUGAUCUUGUAAUUAAUAGAAUUAAAUUACUUAAUCUUUAUGGAAUAUAUAAAGCUUUAAAUCCAAAUCCAAAUCCAAAUCUAAAUCCAAAUCUAUAUCCAAAUCUAUAUCCAAAUUCAAGUCCUUUUGCACCAUUUUUUUAUAUUUAUAAUAAUUUGGGGACAGAAAGGUAUAGAUUCUUAGUAGACUUCCAUAUUCAAAGAUUUACAAUAGAAAUGAAUCACCUGGAAGAAGCAAAUGAAUUAUCGAGACAUUUAGGUAACUUCCUUAAGAGUUCACAAUUCAAACAAUUUUUAAUUGAAGCAAAUGGAUUUUUUAUUAGUCAAGCUGAUGAAGACUUCGCUUAUGUUGAAGAAUUUAUGGCUUACAGAGGUCUCCCUGAAUUUUAUACUACACAAUUUCAUCAGUAUUUUUCAUGUCUUUCAUUACCAAAACAAUUUGAAUGGGUUCGACGAAUUGUUGAUUCAUUUACAGUUUGUAUAGGUGUGUUAACUCGAGAUGAGUUUCUUGAACUCAUAAAAUCUUGUAAAAGAGCCAUGGCAGACAGGUCAAGUAGUUUGUAUGAAAUUAGAGAACAUCAAUUACUUACAAAAGCUCAAACCAAUCGGAUACCUUUGGUACCCGAUGGGGAUAUGAAACUUGAUGACUUUCCUAAAGUAGAAAAUAAGUACUAUGAUAAAAUGGGAGAAUAUUUCUUAAGAAGUUGUAUUUUAAGACGUAAUUUCCCAUUAACUUUGACAGCUUUCUUAUCAAUUUCAAAAGAGAACGAGAAGGUAUUAAAUAAACUUAAUACUGAAAAAUACCAUAUUAGACGUACUGCAAAGUCAGCAUUAAUGAAUCCACCUCAAGCUACUAAAGAAAUUGUUCAACAAUUAAUCAAAUUUUUUGAUGAUUAUCCUUUUGAACUGUUUAAUCCGAGAGAAGAUUUUAAUUUUAAAUUUGAUUUUAAAAUUGGAUUGCGUGAUUUAACUAAGCAUGAUAUUGAAAUUAACUUGAAUGACAUUGUCAUCCCACCUUUACCGUUAUAUGAUUUAGUAGAGAAACACGAUUUUGCUAAAUUGAAUUUGAUAAAUUAUACCGUAGCCGACUUAAUUUUCUCGCAAUUGGGUUUAAUUGGCAAGAGUAGAUUCGAUAUGUUCCUGAGUAUGAUGGCAAAGACUUCUGUGUAUGGAUUAGUAUAUUAUAAAUAUUUAAUUUAUAGGUCCAUUUAUGAAUUAUCAGAUGAUGGUACUGAUAAAGAAGUAUUGGAUUUUAUAUAUUCAAUCUUUAUGAAUCAUAAAUUCAAAUCACAUGUUGCUUUAAUGUCAGUUGAUUAUUGGAAUAUUUUUAAUGAUUCGAAAUUACAAGAUUAUUACAAAGAUAUAGUAGGUUGUACUACAGGAAAGGAGUCUGAUAAUGUUAGACUAUACGAUAUUCAAUUUGGUCAAUUAGUUGGAGCAAUCGCAAUGAUUGAGCCAGAUUUAAUUCAGAAGUGGUUUCAAGAAAUAGUCCAGCCAUUAUUUUACAAGCUUAAUGAAAUUAAAUCUCUGAAAGCUCAACUUGAAAUGUUGCAAGAGCUUAAGAAUAGAAUAUAUCACUAUGAACCAAGAAGAGAGGAAGAAGGAGAGGAAGAAGGACAAGAUGGAGAUGCUAGAGAAGGAGAAGAUGGAGCGGUCGGAGAGGAUGAUACAGAAGAUGGAGAUGGAGAUGGAGAUGGAGAUGGAGAUGGAGAUAUUGGAGUGGGAGGUAUUGGAGAGGGAGAGGAAGGAGAGGGAGAAGAAGGAGAAGAAAAAGGAGAAGAAGGAGGAGAAGAAGAGGAUGAAGAGGGAGAAGCAUAAGAUGAAGGUGAAGGAGGACAAGGAGAAGAGGAUGGCGGAGAGGGAGAAGGAGAAGGAGAUGAAGGAAAAGGAGACGAUCAAUACCAAUACCGAUACCGAUACCAAUUCCAAUUCUAA